UCAGUGCGAAAAACUGUGACAGCCCACAGCCAUGUCUAUGAGAAAUGGACGUUGGCGGCUCUAUCAUAGUGGCUAGUAGAUGAUCAGUAUCUUAAACACAGUGCCAACUGCCAUCAAAUGAACUUAAUUUCUCAAUCAUAUGCUCAAUCAAACUUUUCUCUAUUUAUAGGACGAAUACCACCGUACAUACUCCCUCACAAUUAGUCACAACACAUGCAAUAUACAUGAUCUACCUAAUACAAUUAAAUUAGUGCAUUUAUAAGUUUAUACUAUAUUCUCAAGAAUCGAGAGUGAGUGUUAUAGACUCAAAUUUGUAAUUUCAGUUGCAAAAUCUAGGAAAAAUGAGUACUGCAGAAAUUGCUCGAACAGCAGUGGGUAUCAUAGGAAAUGUCAUCGCCGGCUGCAUGUUCUUGUCUCCAGUGCCAACAUUUGUUGGGAUAUGCAAGAAAGGAUCAGUGGAACAAUACUCACCCGUACCAUACCUAGCCACGUUGAUGAACUGCAUGGUUUGGACUCUCUACGGGUUGCCAAUGGUGCACCCUCACAGUUUCCUUGUGGUGACCAUCAAUGGUGCAGGAUGUGUGGUUGAGAUCAUCUAUAUCACACUCUUUCUCAUAUAUUCUGACCGUAAAAAGAGGCUCAAAGUCUUUCUUGGUUUACUAUUGGAGCUUAUUUUCAUUUUCCUUCUCUCAUUUGUUUCAUUGACUAUGCUUCACACUGUUAACAAACGUUCUGCUGUUGUUGGGACCAUAUGCAUGCUAUUUAAUAUUGGCAUGUAUGCUUCACCUUUGUCUAUUAUGAAACUAGUGAUCAAGACUAAAAGUGUUGAGUUCAUGCCGUUUUUCCUAUCUUUAGCUUCAUUUGGCAAUGGUGUUUCUUGGACCAUUUAUGCUCUCAUUCCUUUUGACCCAUUCAUUGCGAUACCAAAUGGGAUUGGGACAAUGUUUGCGGUGGUACAAUUGAUUCUAUAUGCAUCAUAUUACAAGUCAACCCAAGAACAGAUAGCAGCAAGGAAGAAUAAUGGAAAAGGAGAGAUGAAUCUGUCAGAAGUGGUAGUUGGCAUGAGUAAUGCUACUGUCCAAGACAACAAGAAGAUAACUGCUAUUGAUCAUUCUUCUCCAAGUGCCAAAUGACUAUUAAUGGCACUCAUGCAUCCUCUUCCUUUGCCCAACCCAUUGAGUCAUUAAUUAAUUAAUUAAUUAAUUAUGAUCUUAUAGUUUUUGGAUUGAUUCUUGUAAUCUUAUUUCUAUUUCCAGCUUAAUUUUCAUUUGUUAGUUACCAUAUCUUCAACCUUAGCUUGUUACAGACCAACACAUGAAUAUAUGUGUUGUUUUGUUACUCUUUGCCUUUUUAUUUCUAGUCUAUGUCACCUAUUAUUAGAUUAGUCCCAUGCAUCAUAUUUUUUCAAUAAAAUUCCAUUAUG